UUGAUUUAUAAAAAGACGCAUUUCUCCCUUAAUUUUUUAUUAAUAUGGCAGAUGACGAUGUGCCUUCAGACAGUAGUCUUUUAGUAAUAAUAGUGGAUACAAACCCCAAUCAACGAUACAUAACUGAGGACCCGAAGGUGUUGACAAGCUGCCUCGAUGCCGUCAUCUCAUUCGCCAACUCACAUCUCAUGCAGAAAGCCAGAAACGAGCUAGCGGUUAUUGGCUGCCAUUUUCAUAAAAGUGAAUACCUGUACCCUUCUCCGGGCAAGCCAUUGGAUGUCCGACAGAUAGAUGGCCAGUAUGAGCUGUUCACUUUGGUUGAAAAGACUAUUAAAAUGAGACUAGUGAACCUGAUAAAGAGUCAGCCACCGGAUGAGAAGCCGGGGGAGUCGCUGCUGGCCGGCGCGCUCGCCAUGGCACUCUGCUACAUAGCCAGGAUGCGUCGCCAGCUGACCCCGGGCCUGCGCAUGUCGAGCCGCAUCCUCAUAGUGACGGGCAGCAGUGACACGGCGGCCCAGUACAUCAACUACAUGAACGUGUUCUUUACUGCACAGAAACAGCAAGUAGUGAUAGACGUGUGCUCUCUAGACAAGCACCUGUCUCUGCUGCAGCAGGGCUGCGACAUCACCGGCGGCCUGUACCUGAAGGUGCCUUCUCUGGAGGCCACGCUGCAGUACCUACUCUGGGUCUUCCUCCCCUGCGUGGCCCAACGCUCCAAGCUGGUGCUACCCGGCCGGGGGAGAGUCGACUACCGGGCCGCGUGCUUCUGUCACCGCGAGCUGGUGACGACCGGCUACGUGUGCUCCGUGUGCCUCAGCGUGUUCUGCAAGUUCAGCCCCAUCUGCACGACAUGUCAUACGGUGUUCAAGAUAGGCGGGCCUCUACCCAUCAAACCUAAGAAGAAGAAGGUGAAACUGUGAUCAUAUUUUACUGAAGCAAACAUUAAGGUAUCAGUAAGGUAACUUAGUAUAAUUUAAUUUACUGAAUAGAAUAGGCAAUAAUAAUAAGUUACGAAUUAUUAAUAAAAUAAACAGUCAUGAAAGUAAAUUAAAAGCAUUUUUUGUACACAAAUAGUUUAAUGCGAUUCCUAUCUUUGAACUAAUUACAUAACAAAUAACCGUAUAUGUAUACUAAAUACAAUUCUAAAUCCGCAAUUCUUUAUAAAAACAAACUAAUU